AGAAGAUGCAGCAGCAAUGCUCCGAGUUGGUUUGUGAGGGCGAGAGAGAGGAGAGAAGGAGGUAGAGAAAUCGAGAAAGAAAAGAUGCAAAACCCAUUUUAGCCCCAGUUGGUUCUUCUAAUUCCUCAACCUCAUCUCUCUCUCUCUCUCUCUCUCGCUUACGCACAAAUUUUCUUAUCCCUCUUAAAUCCAUUUUUACCACCUUUGGUUGCAUACUUCAAUUUCAUACAUGAAGAUUUUGUUUUGAUCAGCCGAUUUGGUGGUGCUGAUUGUGGGUUUUCUUUUUCAUCUUCCUCACAAUACACCCCUCCUUUUGUUUUAUUUGCCUCUUCAAGAACCCAUAUGAGGAGAGGAAGAGGAGCCGCAGUCGCCGCCGCCGCAGCUAAACAAGUUGUGGAACCAAAUGGAUCUGCUCCUCAAAGUAUCAUAAAUGGAAAAGAGGCCAGAUACAGAGGAGUCCGGAAAAGACCAUGGGGCAGAUUCGCUGCCGAGAUCAGAGAUCCCUGGAAAAAAACGAGGGUCUGGCUUGGCACCUUCGACUCCGCGGAGGAAGCCGCCCGUGCCUACGACGCUGCUGCCCGAUCCCUUCGUGGACCCAAGGCCAAAACUAAUUUUCUCAUUUCCGACUCUCAUUUAUCUCCUUUCAUUUAUGAAAAUCCCCCUGACCAUUUCAUGGAUCACAGAUUAUACACAGCAAAUGGGUUUCACGAAAAUCACGUAAAUCCCCAGAGACCUACAUCCAGCAGUCAGAGCAGUACGGUGGAGUCUUUCAGCGGUCCCAGGCCGCCGCCCCAGCUGACAACAGCAACGGCAACAAAAAAAUCUGGGGUUUUGUUGGCAGCGACAGCACCGAGGAAAAACCAUCGCCGCUGUACCCCACCGAUGGUGCCGGAAGAUUGUCACAGCGAUUGUGAUUCUUCGUCUUCAGUGGUUGACGAUAGAGAAAUUGCUUCAUCACCGUCCUUGAGCUGCAGAAAGCCCUUACCUUUCGAUCUGAAUUUUCCACCGUUGGAUCAGGUUGACUUUUUUAUUGAUGAUCUCAAGUGUACUGAUCUAUGCCUUUGAUGAUGAUGAUGAUGAUGACAAAAGAAAAAAAAAUAUAUUUUGAAA